CCCACCUCCUGCUCUCCCGCUGCCCUCUCUUCUCCCAGACGCUGAUGUGUUAUAAACGUCAGCUUUCAAGUCUGCAAAAAUGUUUGGUUUCGGAUCAAAACUCCUGCUGCUUUUCUUGCUGGCCUUCCCCUGUGGGUUAAUAUCUGUCGGCCCAGUCUAUGCAGAAUCAGACUCAGCCGAGGACGCAGAUGCUGCAGUAGACGAGGAGGAAGAUGAUGACGAGAUGCUUGUAGAAGAUCAGAUACAAAACCCGGACGGAGGUGAAGAUGACUUGGAUGAAGCGGCUGAAAAACUUGUAACUUCACACUCUGAUGCCGACACUAUCAUCGUCUUCAUCACAGGCGAAGAGUUUCCAGCCAAUGAAAUUGUGAGGUUUCUCGUGGGUUUCACCAAUAAAGGAGUUCAGACUUUCACAGUUCAGUCCCUGGAGGCUUCUUUCCGUUAUCCCCAAGAUUUUCAGUUCUACAUUCAGAAUUUCACAGCAUUGCCCCUGAACACUGUAGUCCAGCCCCAGGCUCAGGCCUCCUUUGAGUACUCGUUUAUCCCAGCUCAGGCCAUGGCCGGCCGGCCGUUUGGUCUGGUCAUCCUCCUUAACUAUCUGGAUUCUGAGGGCAACAUCUUCCAGUCAGCCAUUUACAACCAGACAGUCACCAUAACGGAGCGGGAAGAGGGACUUGAUGGAGAAACAAUGUUCAUGUACGUGUUCCUGGGUGGACUGGUGGCCCUGCUACUCUUUGGGAUGUAUCAGGUUCUGGAAACCAGGACGAGGAAAAGGAUUUCUGUGAAAAUAGAGAAGGGUACCACUGGAGUAAACGAUGUAGACAUCAGCUGGAUUCCUCAGGAGACUCUUAAUGCCAUGAAGCCUUCGCCAAAAACAUCGCCACGGAAACGAACCAAAAGAGCAGUCGGGGUUGACCAGUAAGCCUGACUCAUCAUACUGGGCUUCUUUGCUACAGAAUCUGUUCACAUUCACUAAGGAUCGACAAUUUGAAGCUUUCAGGCUGGCUUUUAUUAGAGCGCAGCCAUUUGAACACUUACAGAACAUUUAAGUUUUAGAGCUGCAUUUUUUAAAAUCAUGGUUUAAGUAUUUACAUUUGUAGGAACUGUGGGACAAACUGCCAUAUGGAUGCUGUGAAGCAAAAACUGCAUUAGAGUCCAAAGUCAUGUUAUAUGGAGGUUUGUUACCUGCUUUAUCAGGAUAAAAUAUAUUGUCUGACUUGAAACCGGAAGUAUUGAUUUGUUGAUCAAGUUUCAUUUUGAUCCUUUCUAUCAAUUUAACACCUCUGUGCCUUAUUUACACCCUGACUUUGGUGCCCUGCAAGGAGUUAAUCUUAAACAAAAAUAUGUCUGUUUUUAAUACUGUGACACAGGGCCUGUUUAUAUGACCUUUUAUUUUAAGAUGAGAGUUAUGAUGGCAGCUUUGUGCCCUAUCAAAGUUAUAACAAUCUUCUCAGCUUGUUUACCUGUUUUUUGUUUUCUUUUUCCUCCCCAUCGAAGAUGAAGGUCUCUUUAGCAUUUUAGCCUUCUCAAGCGGUGUUAUCGUUGCAAUCUCUCAGGUUGUUUGCCAUCAUUUUUAUAAAGGCACCCUAUGAAAGAGCAAUAAACAAAUACAGGAGGUGUA